UUGCCAAGGCAAAGACUGGUUUGCAAACCGCAGGCAUGAUCAUAGGCGAAGCAAGAGCAAUGUGGUCCCGUAACUCCGCAAAUGACAUCGUUGCGACAAAACAGAUUCCCUACCACUGCACUUUGGCUGCCAGUUAUGGUAACCUUACAUCUGAUGUAAUCAAGGCAAUGGACCAAGAGUUGCAAAUCAUGAUCGCCGGAACCAACAAACUGAUGAGAAAAAUGAGAGAAAAUAACAAAGACGGAAAUAUCACAUUCAAUGAAUAUGUCGCCACAAUGAAACAAAACCAAUUCGUCACUUCAGAUGAUACCGAAGAUGUUGUCCGCAGUAGCGCCAAAAGUUUCGGACAGUUCCGAUUGGCUCAAAAUUCCGUUGAUCAAGAAAUAGUUGAUGCAGUAGCUGAAUGGUUUGCAAAUGAUCUCAUCAAAGACGCCGAUAUUUUGGCUGCCACCAGAAUUGAUAUCGUUGAUUUUGGAAACAUUGUGGGUCUCACCGGUGCAACUGUUGACAAUUUGGAAUCACUUAUCAUUAAAAACGAUUAUGCGGAACGUAGUGUUGUCGAUGUAGGAGUCAUCCGAUACCCUGAUCCAGAACAUCCUUUCUUCAAGCUCUUCCGUAUCCAGUUGUUCGCCUACAGGAGAAGCAACCGUGUAUUAUUUGUUCAAAAAGAUGCCAGUGGAAUCCGAGGAUUGUAUGAAUCAAAGGUCUUCAGACCCAAUCCAACUGUAUUGAACAGAUUGAGAGCCGAUGUUAAAGAAAAGGCUAUGAAAGCCGCCCAAGAAAUGUUUGAACCUGAAAGUUUCUUUUAAAUUAUUGUGUAUACUCUUUAUUGUUGGUCAUCGAUUGAAAUAAAGGAAUUGUAAACUAUUA